UUUCUCCCUCACAGCGAUGCCGAUGUAUAAGGUAAAGCCGUACUACAGCGAACACCGAGUCAUUGACCCGCCCACCUGCAUGUACAGGAUAGCGAGCAUUCACCAGGACACCGGACGUGGCUCUUCGGACGCGGAGGAUGGGAAGAAUGAUCCAGCAAUACAGGCUUUGGAGUCAAGGCAAGAAGAAAUGCUAAAACGCCUGUAUGAGUUGAAAGCAGUUGUUGACAACCUCUCAAAGACUGUUCUGACCCCAGAUGCUGACCUCGAUGUUACAGAUAUCAACCCAGCUAAUUAUAUGCCGACCAUCUGCACAACAGCCAAUUUAGAUUCAGUCCUUGGAGAGAGUUUUGGUGUCCUGAGAGAUAUUGUCAUCAACGCCAACCCUUCUGAGCCCCCACUAUCUCUACUGGUCCUGCAUGGGUUGCUGUGCGAGCGUUACGAGGUGCUGUCUUCUGUGCACGUACACUCCUCUGUGGAGAACGUGCCCACUCGUCUCUUGAACUGUCUAGGUGAAGGAACCAAAAAUCGGCCACGCCAUGAGUACCAACUUGGCUUCACACUCAUAUGGAAACAAGUGUUUAAACCACAGAUGAAGUUUUGUGUUCAAAGUAUGUGCCCCAUCGAAGGUGAAGGAAACAUUGCUCGUUUCCUCUUCUCGUUACUUGGCAACAGCUACAAUCCUGUGACAUCCACCAUCAUUGACAGCUGGGUGGACACUGCUAUCUUCCAGCUGAAAGGGGGCAGCAACAAAGAGAAAGCAGCUGUAAUGCGCUUGUUAAACACCAAUCUCGGCAAGAGUCCUUGGAUCAUUGGUGCUGACCUCUCAGUGGCUGACGUUGUAUUAUAUUGUACUUUGCAGCAGUCAGAAGGUGAAAAUAGUGUUCCAACUAACGUUCAGAAAUGGAUCAAAUCCUGUGAGAAUCUGGCAUCCUUCAAUCUAGCACUAAAGCUGAUGUAAAGACAAAAUGUAGUUUUAACUCUUUCCAUCUGAUGUCUAUGCAGUUAACCUUUCACAUGUGAGACAGAACCUGUCUAACUCUCAAACUGAUUAAUAAUAAAUGUCUUAACAUC